UCCCCAAAGUUCUAUGAUCAUCCGAAGUUUUUUAUGAAAUUCAGGAAAAUCGAAAAAAGACACAUAAAAAACAAACUGAAUGUUUUAUAAUAUAAAAAAUGAAAAAUUAAUUUGUUGCGGAUCAUAACAUAGUUGGCCCCACUGGUUAUAUAUAUAUAUGGUAGCUAGCAACAGUAGGAACAUUAGAGAGAGAGUGUAGCUAAAAAGCAUGAGGGCCAUUAAGAGAAAGGAAAUUGUGGAAGAAGUGAAGAAACAGCUAUGGCUAGCAGGGCCUCUUUUUUCUGUUGGUCUAUUGUUUUACAGUAUACAGGCGAUUUCUGUGAUGUUUGUGGGUCAUCUUGGCGAGUUGGCUCUCUCUGGUGCUUCAUUAGCAACUUCCUUUGCAUCAGUCACUGGUUUUAACUUGUUGAUGGGAUUGGGUUGUGCAUUGGAUACAUUAUGUGGCCAAUCAUUUGGAGCAAUGCAGUUUCACAUGCUAGGCAUACACACCCAAAGGGCUAUGUUUAUUCUUUUACUGACUAGCGCAUUUCUUUCUGUCAUUUGGGCAAACACAAAACCAAUUCUAAUUGUAAUGCACCAAAAUUCCGAGAUAUCAAAAGAAGCUGGAGUAUAUGCCACUUUCAUGAUCCCAUGUCUGUUUGCUUAUGGCCUUCUUCAGUGCCUAAUAAAAUUCCUACAAACCCAAAACAUUGUCUUCCCAAUGGUUCUGAGCACUGGAAUUUCAGCUUUAAUACACAUCCCUGUGUGUUGGAUUUUGGUAUUUAAAUCUGGGCUUGGAAGUAAAGGAGCUGCCAUAGCAAACUCUAUAUCAUGCUGGAUAAAUGUUUUAUUGAUGGCACUCUACAUCAAGUUCUCUUCUUCGUGCAAAGAAACUUGGACUGGCUUUUCGAAAGAGGCGUUGCACAAUCUGGCUGAGUUCCUUAAAAUAGCCAUUCCUUCAGCUCUUAUGCUUUGCCUGAAAGUGUGGUCGUUUGAACUGAUAAUUUUUCUCUCUGGGCUUCUUCCUAAUCCACAAUUACAGACUUCAGUGCUUUCUAUCUGCCAAAACACAUUUGGACUGUUGUGGACGAUCCCUUUUGGACUCGGGGCUGCAGUGAGCAUCCGGGUUUCAAAUGAAUUGGGGGCAGGGAAACCAAAAGCAGCAAGAUUAGCCGUAAGGGUUGUCCUAGUCAUGGCCAUCACCGAGGGAAUGUUAGUUGGAUUGCUCAUGAUACUAUUACGUAACAUCUGGGGCCAUGUUUAUAGCCAUGAACAAGAGGUGGUUAAAUAUGUAGCGGUCAUGAUGCCAAUUGUUGCUCUUUCAAGCUUCCUAGAUGGGUUACAGGGUGUAAUUUCAGGCGUUGCAAGAGGUUGUGGUUGGCAGAAGAUAGCUGCAUAUGUCAAUCUUGGAUCUUUUUAUCUUGUAGGCGCUCCUUGUGCUGUCUUAUUUGCUUUUUUCUUCCACAUGAAAGGAAAGGGGCUCUGGCUGGGGCUUAUAUGUGCAUUAAUUGUGCAAGUGAUAUUCUUUCUUAUCAUUACCAUAAACUCUAAUUGGGAAAAGGAAGCAGAAAAGGCGGCGGAAAGAGUCAACGACUCCAAGAAUCCAAGUGGAGAAGACUUCGAGAGACCAAAAUGUUAAGCCUAUUGCGGAUAGGUGGUGCAUUUUAUUAUU